AUGGCCACCAACAUCACCUGGCAUCCCUCCCUCUCCCGCCGCGAGCGCAACCAGCUCCGCAACCAGCGCGGCCUCACCAUCUGGCUGACGGGCCUCUCCGCCUCGGGCAAGUCCACCGUCGCCACCGCCCUCGAGCAGCACCUCCUGCACCUAGGCCUGGCCGCCUACCGCCUCGACGGCGACAACGUGCGCUUCGGCCUCAACAAGGACCUGGGCUUCUCCGAGACGGACCGCAACGAGAACAUCCGCCGCAUCUCAGAGGUCGCCAAGCUCUUCGCCGACGCCUCCACCGUCGCCAUCACCUCCUUCAUCUCGCCCUACCGCGCCGACCGCGACCUCGCCCGCGACCUGCACGCAAAGACCAACCAGGACGGCGACGAGCCCAUCCCCUUUGUCGAGGUCUUUGUCGACGUGCCCCUCGAGGUGGCCGAGCAGCGCGACCCCAAGGGCCUCUACAAGAAGGCUCGUGCCGGCGAGAUCAAGGAGUUUACUGGCAUCUCGGCUCCUUACGAGGAGCCUGUCAACGCUGAGAUUACAAUCAAGACGCAUGAGAACACGGUUGAGGAGUGUGUUGCGCAAAUCACAAACUGGCUAAUUGCCAAGGGUUACGUCAAGAGCGAGGUCAAGAACUAG